CUCCGAGCAAGGUUGUUGAGGCUCGUGGGACUCGAGUUCUCAGGUUGUAACGGUUUGUUAAGCACCCGUAAGCUUAACGGAAGUAGUGUAGCUCGAGAGAGUCUCUCGGGAGACUGGAUUAGCCACACGUUGUGCUGAACCAGUAUAAAUCUUGGUGUGCUCCCUUUACGCUUUCUACGCUCUUUACUUUUCACGUUCUUAAUUUUUUAUUCCUGCGAUUUCUACGAUCAAACGCUGUUCACCCCCCUCUAGCGUUGGUCACUUAUUCUAACAAUUGGUAUCAGAGCCUAACUCGCGUCCAAACUUAACCGUUUGAGAGUAAAGCGAUCAUGGGUUCUUCUUCUAGAAAUUUGUAUGCAGGAAUAGGUGAAGGGCAAUCAACCACACGGCCACCUCUUUUUGAUGGAACCAAUUAUACAUAUUGGAAAGAAUGAAUGAGAAUCUAUAUUCGUUCCACGAACUUCCAAUUAUGGUUGGUUAUUAAAAACGGGGAAGAGGUGCCGAUGAAGAAAGUCGGAGACAAGUUGAUCCCCAAGACCGAAGACGAGUUUGAUGCCGAGGACAUCAAAAAGGUCGAGAAUAAUGCAAAAGCAAUAAAUAUGCUUUAUUGUGCCGUAAAUCCUGAUGACUACCGCAAGAUCUCUUGCUGCUCAACCGCCAAAGAGAUGUGGGAUAAACUUGAG